AGCAGCCGGCGGGCAGCGGCGAGCGGCGCGCGGCGGGCUGCAGGGGGACCAUGCCCCAGCAGGACCCGGGGUCCCUGCCGGCCAGCGCCCGUGCCCCGGCACAGAGCGGGGUGCCCCGGGGGGAUUAACCCUCCCGAGCCUUGCCGCGCCGGCUGGACCCCCCGAGGGGGCGAAGCGAAGCCCGCCCCCGGCCCGGAUCUGCCCAGAGUCAAUAGGAUGAGGGGGGUCUGUUACUUUGCCUUGCUGAUCCUCGCAGCUGCCUUAGACAACCCUCAACAUCAGAUGGCCAGAAAAAAUCACAAAUGAAGCGCUUUGGCGGUAAGGAGCACAAAACAGAAGUUGAUGGAACAGGAGAUUACGGAUCGAAAAUGGAAAUGGCUGGCAGAGACAGGGAGCAAGGAACUGAACAACCUAACAAGAUAGGCGGUGGACUGGAAUCCCCAGGGCAAGAGGCAAUGAGAAGCCAUGACGGAAGCAGUGAGUUCGGGCAGAGAUUGCCUGCAGGCCGGGGAGUCCUGCACCAAUGAUCCCAGCUGCAGCUCCAAGUUCCGGACCCUCCGGCAAUGCAUCGCGGGCAACGGCGCCAACAAACUGGGGCCAGAUGCCAAGAACCAGUGCCGGAGCACGGUGACGGCCCUGCUGUCCAGCCAGCUCUCUGGCUGCAAGUGUAAACGGGGCAUGAAGAAGGAGAAACAUUGCCUGAGCGUCUACUGGAGCAUCCACCACACUCUGAUGGAAGGUAUGACUGUGUUGGAGAGUUCUCCGUACGAGCCAUUCGUCAGGGGCUUUGACUACGUCCGGCUGGCAUCCAUCACCGCAGGUUCUGAGAACGAGGUGACGCAGGUGAACCGCUGUCUGGACGCCGCCAAGGCCUGCAACGUGGACGAGAUGUGCCAGAGGCUGAGGACGGAGUACGUCUCCUUCUGCAUCCGGCGCCUGGCCCGGGCCGACGCCUGCAACCGCUCCAAGUGCCACAAGGCCCUGCGCAAGUUCUUUGACCGCGUGCCCCCCGAGUACACGCACGAGCUUCUCUUCUGCCCCUGUGACGACACGGCCUGCGCCGAGCGCCGCCGACAGACCAUUGUCCCCGCCUGCUCCUACGAGUCCAAGGAGAAGCCCAACUGCCUGACCCCCCUGGAUUCCUGCCGGGAGAACUACGUCUGCAGGUCCCGAUAUGCGGAGUUUCAGUUUAACUGCCAGCCGUCCCCGCAGUCUGCGACUGGCUGCAGGAGGGAGAACUACGCUGCCUGUCUGCUGGCGUACACCGGAAUCAUAGGUAGUCCCAUCACACCUAACUACGUCGACAACUCGACCGCCAGCAUCGCGCCUUGGUGCACCUGCAACGCCAGCGGCAACCGCCAGGAGGAGUGCGAGAGCUUUCUGCACCUCUUCACCGACAACCUCUGUCUCCAAAAUGCCAUCCUGGCCUUCGGCAACGGGACGUACCUGAACGCGGCACUGGCCCCGUCCGUGCCCCCGACGACGCAGAUGUACAAGCAGGAGCGAAACGCCAACAGAGCCGCCGCCACCCUCAGAGGGAACAUCUUUGAGCAGCUCCAGCCCACCAAGGGAUCUGGAGAGGAGCCGCUCCUAAGGGGCUCCACCCAACUGGCCUCCGAAACCUCUGGCUUGGCGUCCGCCUCCCGUGCUGCGGGGUGGCUGCUGAUGUGGGUUUCCAUGGCUCUCGCUGCGCCACUCCUGCUUGCGAUGUGAAACGGAGCGAGCACGCAGCAGGCGCUGACUCUAUGCGUCUCUUUCUUUUUUUAAAAAAAAGCACUCGUUGGGGGCGGGCGGGGCUGUAUGUGGAAAUUG